CACACUCUCCAUCUUCAUUUCUUCAAAUUUCCGAGACUUCAUCAGAUUUCGAGGUGAUUUGAAGAAAUUUGAUAAUGUCGGGACGUGGAAAGGGAGGAAAGGGUUUGGGGAAAGGAGGUGCGAAGCGUCAUCGAAAGGUUCUCCGUGACAACAUCCAGGGAAUCACGAAGCCUGCGAUCCGUCGUCUGGCGAGAAGAGGUGGUGUGAAACGUAUCAGUGGUUUGAUCUACGAAGAAACUCGCGGAGUUCUCAAGAUCUUUCUAGAGAAUGUGAUAAGAGAUGCUGUCACCUACACGGAGCACGCUCGACGGAAGACUGUUACCGCUAUGGAUGUUGUGUAUGCAUUGAAGAGACAAGGCCGAACUCUCUAUGGAUUCGGUGGUUAGGGUUUUUGAGUUUGGGAAAAGUCUUGCUGUGUCAAGAAAGAAUUGGGUCGGGUUAAGAUCCGAAUAGGUGUUUUAUGAACUGUAGUUACUGGUGGGUGUUCCAUCUUUUGUUACUAUAAAGAAGGUAAUGGAAUGAUUUCUACUACUAUUUUCU